GGGCUAGUUUGGCAUCAAUAUCAGUUUCCCAUUUUUGGUUUUAAGAGUUUAAAAGUCACACGAAAUUGCUGGUAUAAUAAACUUAAUAUUAGUCAUACCUAUAAUAAUCCUAUCAAUUUUGGAAACUGACAAUAGAAUAAUGGAAACCGCUUAUUCUGAUUUCCGUAUUCCUGUUUUUGGUUUAAAAAAAAAUGGAAACUACUUAUCCUGAUUUCCAUAUUUUUGUUUUUGGUUUUUGAAAAAACUAGAAACAAAGAGGGGUAACAGAUAGGGGCGUAGUUAUAUGUUGGGUAUCAUUGCCAAUUUCCCAGUUUUUGGUUUCAAGAUUUAAAAAGUCAGAUGACAUAAAUCGUAUAAUAAACUUUGAUCUAGUCAUACAUAAAUUGACGACAGAAAGAUAAUUUUAUGGGCAAAAAAACUGAAAACGGAAAAUGAAAACCAAAAGAGUUAGGGAACAGGCUUUAACAAAGUUAACAAAAAGUGGUGAAACCUGACUCAGUUUGUGAUUUUACACUUGUUACUUGGCUUCCCUCAAAAAAAAAAAAGCUUGCCCAAAUAUGUUUUACGGGCCACUACCCCCCCCCCCUUCAGGCUAACUUCCCUUUUUUGAGUGUGAUCUUGUAGAGCGUCAAAUUGAUACAGCUAUUGGCUGAUUUUCUAAGUGCUAGUGAUACUAAUAUUUUUUCGUAAAAUUACUAAUGGUUUCCAAGUUAGAGACCCACAGUCUUGAAAGCAUAUGCAUAUUUAAUUUCAAAUCUGGAUAGCAUCAUAUAAAUGCUGAAAAGAUGAGGUUGAUUGAAAGCAUAAACUGUAUAUGGGAAACUAUGCUUGACAAGUGCUUGAAUGCUACUCAGUUUGCAUCCAGCACACUUGGCCAUUUCCUGUGUUUCUGAAACAGGCUUUAACUUGACAACUUGGCUUGCUUAAUUAUAACAUUCGAAUGUAAUCAUCCUAAUUUACCCCCCCGGUAUUACAUCAUACCAUAAUAUAGUUCUUCCACCCAGUUCUAAGUGAGAAAUUCAGUAUAUGCACUGGGAUUGAACCUUUUUUGCAAGCAGUUAGAUUUAAGUUCAUUUUUGCAAAGAGGAAUAUGAUAUAAUGACAAUACUUGAUCUCACUCAAUUAAUGUAUGAGUUAUGACAUACCCAAACUGUUAAAUGGAACCUCUUUUCUCUAAUUCCUAUCAUUAUUUUUCUCGCCUCAUGCUUACACAAGGAGAAACGCUAACAAAUUCAGAAGACAAACCAAAUCCAUUUACUUAUACAUCCUCACAGAUCAAGGCAUAUUAUGAGAUAGAGAAGAAAGCAGAUUGGUCCGCUUACCACAAAUACUGCAGAACUUCGAGUUUGAAGUAUCCACUUCUGGUGAAGCGGUUGGCUUGUAUGGUUAUAGCUGGAGCAGCAUCUGCAGACUGCAUUCAUAUACUUCAACCUGCUCCUGUUCUGCCUGAGACGGAAGUGGAAUACAGCAUGCUAAGGAGUGCUUUUGAAGGAAUUAAUAUGGCAGAGGAAAACUUCAAAUUUUUAUCAGAACAAUGGUACGCUGAUGUGCUGGCUCGAAUACGCAUUAAUGCAUUUCGAAUUGAAAUGGUUGCUGGGUCAUAUGAUGAUCUUCUCACACUGGCAGCAGCUUCAGUAGAAGCUGAAGCUGGAGUUGGGAAUGCUGUGUAUAUUCUUCCUUCAUUCUACAAUCAUGAUUGUGAUCCGAAUGUGCAUAUUAUAUGGAUGGACUCUGUUCAUGCAAGGUUGAAAGCACUCCGUGACAUAGAAGAAGGUGAAGAGCUUCGGAUAUGUUAUAUUGAUGCUAGUAUGGAUCAUAACGCUCGCCAAAGCAUUCUUUUAGGAGGAUUUGGUUUCAAGUGCUCUUGUCAUCGUUGCCUGUCCGGUGAUUAGUGAUUACUUGAUUACUUGAUUAGUGAUAUACUCCCUCCAUCCCAAUUUAAUUGCUACAUUUGCUUUUUCACAGUUUACGAGAUGCAACUUCAAACACCAAUAUCUUGAGUUACAUAUAUUUGAAAAAAUUAUAUAUUUGGAAAAUACAAAUUGGGACGAAUCAAACAAGAUUCAACAUGACUAUGUUUUUUCUUAUAUAUAUGGAGUAAAAAAUAGUCAAAGUUAUGACGUGAAUAGUGUCUACGGUCAAAAUGUAGCAACUAUAUUGGAACGGAGGGAGUAGUUAGUAGAGUAUUUGUUUUUGGAGAAGUCGUAUGGCUAUUAUAGUGUGUGUUAUCUUCU